UAGUAAGUAGAGCAUGGCCAUGUAUGACUGGGAGCCCCACUGUCGCAGCUACACCGAAGCAACCAUGCAUUAAAAGCGUAAUGGCCCUCUCCGCCCGCGGAUCGUGCUGGAGAGCCCAGGAUUUUUCCCUUCUGCCCCAACAAUAAAUAAUAAUCAUCCUCCAUCCUCUGCGACUCGUUCCUCUACACUCCUCCCCCCUAUCCGCUACACCGCACACACACAUUCACCAUGACUGAUUCAAUAAUCCAGUCUGAGCACGGCCAGAACGCUGGUUCCAUCGAGCUCAAAGAUGACACCGUCAUCGUGGUCCUCGGUGCCUCUGGCGAUCUUGCAAAGAAGAAAACAUUUCCGGCCUUGUUCGGUCUGUACCGCAACAAGUUCCUGCCCAAAGACAUUAGGAUUGUGGGAUAUGCUCGCACAAAAAUGGACCAUGCCGAAUACCUGCGGAGGGUAAAAUCUUACAUCAAAGUGCCCACCAAGGAGAUUGAAGAACAGCUGGAAAGCUUCUGCAGUCUUUGCUCAUAUAUUUCCGGUCAAUAUGACCAGGAUGACUCAUUUAUCAACUUGAACAAGCACCUCGAAGAAAUUGAGAAGGGCCAGAAGGAACAGAACCGAGUCUUCUAUAUGGCUCUUCCGCCCAGUGUCUUCAUUUCAGUGUCCGACCAAUUAAAGAAGAACUGCUACCCCAAGAGCGGGAUCACGCGGAUUAUCGUUGAGAAGCCUUUCGGCAAAGAUCUUGCGAGCUCUCGGACCCUACAGAAGGCUUUGGAGCCGAACUGGAAAGAGGAAGAAAUCUUCCGCAUUGACCACUACCUCGGCAAAGAAAUGGUCAAGAACAUCCUCAUCCUUCGAUUUGGUAAUGAGUUCUUUGGUGCCACAUGGAAUCGCCAUCACAUCGACAACGUUCAGAUCACAUUCAAGGAGCCUUUUGGUACGGAAGGUCGUGGUGGUUACUUUGACGAGUUUGGCAUUAUUCGUGAUGUCAUGCAGAACCAUCUUCUUCAGGUUCUAACCUUGCUUGCUAUGGAACGCCCGAUCUCCUUCUCGGCCGAAGAUAUCCGUGACGAGAAGGUGCGUGUUCUCCGAGGAAUCGACGCCAUUGAGCCCAAGAACGUCAUCAUUGGUCAAUACGGCCGAUCUCUCGAUGGCAGCAAGCCCUCAUACAAGGAAGAUGACACCGUUCCCAAGGACUCGCGCUGCGCUACAUUCUGUGCUAUGGUUGCUUAUAUCAAGAAUGAGCGAUGGGAUGGCGUGCCCUUCAUUUUGAAGGCCGGAAAGGCUCUCAAUGAGCAGAAGACCGAGAUUCGCAUCCAGUUCAAGGACGUCACCUCUGGAAUCUUCAAGGACAUUCCUCGCAACGAGCUCGUCAUCCGUGUGCAACCCAACGAGUCAGUCUACAUCAAGAUGAACUCCAAGCUACCCGGUCUUUCCAUGCAGACCGUGGUUACAGAACUCGACCUCACCUACCGCCGCCGAUUCUCGGACCUCAAGAUCCCCGAGGCUUAUGAAUCUCUUAUCCUCGACGCGCUCAAGGGCGACCACUCCAACUUUGUCCGUGACGAUGAGUUGGAUGCUAGCUGGAGAAUCUUCACUCCACUCUUGCACUACCUCGAUGACAACAAGGAGAUCAUUCCCAUGGAAUACCCAUACGGCUCCCGAGGUCCCGCUGUCUUGGAUGACUUCACUUCGUCCUUCGGCUACAAGUUCAGCGACGCCGCAGGCUACCAAUGGCCGCUCCACGCUGCGCCCAACCGGCUGUAGAUGAUAGACAUGACAUGUCAAUGAUUGAUUAUACAAACGAUGUAUGUUGAGAUGAAAUACGGGUGUGUCUGCUGGCUGGCGCCGCACUGCAUUUCCCAACUUAUGACGAUACCUACCCCUGGGAUUGAUCCCGGAGUUCACUUCCUAGAGUCGUGUCUGAUCGGUGGUAUGAUAUUGCUAUCGUGUGGCACGAUUUUUCGUUUUAUCAAUGUAUCUCGAGGGCGCAAUAAUUUCUUUCGGACUUUUCCCAAAAGAAUAACAUGUCAAGUAAACAGCUAUAAUUCUUAGAUCUCGCAGACUAAAUCAAUGUCUACGAAGGAAUAAUAGUUCCUCAAACCA